AUACGAUCAACACACAUAAUAGAAAAUUUUCUCCAUUUUUUUUCUUUCAAUUUUACAUGGUAUCAGAGCGUUGAUCCGGGACCAACCGGUCACGCAACCAUGACAAAAGAUGGCCGGUGAGACAGACAACGUCGGUGAAGGAAACCGUGAACAAGGUGAACGACGAAAGAUUAAUGAUCCGUCCUCACCAUACUACUUGUCGAGCUCGGAUUUUCCCGGAUUGCACAUAUGUGCGGUUGUUCUCAAGGGUGAGAGCAAUUAUCGGGAAUGGGCGACGGCAAUGAAGAAUGCAUUCCGUGCAAAACGGAAAAUGGGGUUUCUUGACGAAACCAUUAAACGGCCCGUAAACAAUGAAAGAGAUCUCGAAGACUGGUACACCGUCAAUUCUAUGGCGGUGGGUUAGAUUAUGACGUCGGCGGAUCCAGCUCUCCGGUCUAACCUGGCCUAUAUGGACAGCGUGUAUGGCCUGUGGGAUGACAUGGAGGCACGUUUUGCCGUUGGAGAUGCAAUGAGAACUUACGAAUUGAAGGAGUUGAUUCGUAAUUGCCGUCAACGAGGGCAGCCAAUCACCACCUAUUUUGGACAAUUCAAGGCGUUAUGGGAUGAUUAUGACGGACUCCGGAAUAUACCUCAAUGCACCUGCAACGGUUGCACGUGUGACCUCAAGAAAUUGUUCAUCAAGCAUGUUGAAAACGGAAAAAUCAAUGAUUUUUUUAUGGGCCUUGAUACCGAGACUUAUGGCAAUUUACGUUCUAAUGUGCUUGGUGCGGAUGAAUUGCCAUCGUUGACUAAAGUUUACAACAUGGUGGUGGAAGAAGAAAGACAUCAAAAUAUGACACGAGGGAGAGAAGGAAAACAAGAAGUGGUGGCAUUUGUUGCACGUACUGGACCUGAUGCUGGGAAGGAUGAAAAGAUGAGGUGCACCUAUUGUCAAAAAUUUGGCCAUGUUUUUGAUAAUUGUUUUCGGCGAACCGGAAAUUACCCGAAAUAGUGGUAUGAAAACCCGGGGCGUUCUCAUGGAGGAAGAGGACGGGGAGGAUCCGGUCGUGGCAGCCCCGGACGUGGAGGUUUGGGUAGAGGAACUGGACGAGGAACUGAACAUGCUAUGCAUGUGGGCGAGUACCAGGCAGAUGCUACACCGGCACAAGGAGUAAAGGAGGUGGUCCUGCAUAAGCCGGGAUUCACCGAUGAACAAUGGCAGACGUUCAUCAAACUGAUGGAAAACUGUAAGGCUACUUCCUCCGGGGAAAAACUCUCAGGUAUGAAACUUAAUGACGAGUGGCUUCUCGACUCCGGAGCCUCGUAUCAUAUGAUCGGGAAUUGUAAUGCACUAAAGGGGAUGGUGCAAAUUGCACCUGUGGCAGUUGUAUUGCCAAAUGGAGAACACACCAAGGCUACUCACGACCUACCUACGAGGAUGCCGAUUGGAGUGGGUGAACGGCGAGGGGGAGUUUAUUUUUUCCGGGGUCUGGAUCAAGCUCAAGCAUAUGCAGUGCGAAGUUCGGAUUCAGGUGUUUUGUGGCACUCAAGGUUGGGUCAUCCGUCAAUAAAAGUACUUCGUUUGCUUGGUUAUUUGAAUAAACCAUUGUUGCAUUUUGAUCAAAAUAAUGUGUGUGAUGUCUGUAUGAGAGGCAAACAGACCCGUGAUAGUUUUGUUGUUAGUAGUACUCGUGCUGUUGAACCAUUCGAGUUAAUUCACUGUGAUAUUUGGGGUCCUUAUCGUAAAAUGUCUACUUGUGGUGCACACUAUUUUUUGA